CCUUUGCUUCCUUCCUUUCAACGUCACUCUCUCAGCCGUCGCACAACAUGGCACCAUCCCUAUCUAAGAAGCGCCAAAAAGAGGCAGCCUCGGCAUCGAAGCCAGCGCUCGUCUUCAGAAAGAGCGCCAAAAGAGCAAAGACGGAGGCGGAUGCUCCUGCACCUCCGGCUAAGAAGUCGAAGCCGACGCCAACGCCCCCGCCUACCAAGAAGGCCGCGCAGCCAGCACAGCCUGCGAAGCCGCUCAAGAGUGCAAUGAAGAAGCCGUCACCUCGACAAGAGUCCGUUAAGAAGGCAGCUGCAGGCUCACGUCCGCCACCUCCCGCUGUCAAAAGGGCGGACGCCAAAGGAAAGGGUAAGGCUCCUGCCCCUUCCUCAGCCGCUGCUCCUCGCUCGUCCAGCACCAAGCCUGCUCCUGCUAUCAUGCCCACGACUACCUGGAUUCAGCCUCCCUCUCCACUUCCCUCAAUGCGCAUCAUCGCUGGCUCUUACGAGCGCCUCCUCUAUGGCCUGCAAGCGGAUGUGCAGCCCAGCUCUACGCCCUCUUCGCUACAACUUGCUCUCAAGCCAAUCUUCCAAUUCACAGCCCACCCGUCCAGCAUCAAGUGUCUCGCUACGGCGGGCCCUCACGCUAAGUGGCUGGUAACAGCAGGGGCGGACGAGUUGAUCAAGAUUUGGGACUUGCGCCGAAAGAAGGAGGUGGGCUCCCUCUCCGGCGCUGAGUCCUUCGGCCCUCCGAUGAGCCUCUCUUUCCCUCUUCCUUCUCACCUGCUUUUGAGCGCAGAAGGGGUCAUUCUGCUCUACCGUACGCGUGACUGGGCGCUGCUACACACAUUCAAGGGCCACACAGGUCGGGUAAACUUCGUCUCCACGCACCCAUCUGCCAAGCUGGCCCUCUCGGGCGGCCAAGACGGCGUACUGCGUGCGUGGGACCUGACGCGGGGAAAGAACCUGGGAGGUACAAAGAUGGGCAUGGAUACCGGAGGGGAGAUGGAACAGCUGCGCUGGUUCGGAGGAGGCGGAAGAGGGGACUUCUUUGCCUUGCUGGGCAGGACGGUCGUAAGGAUCUUCAGGAGGAACAUGAAUGAAGUGGCAAGGAUCGGCGCUGGAACUACGACCGGCACCAGGUUGAACGAUAUUGCAGUCUGGGAUCUGAGCAGUCACCUGAACAAGGAGAUGGAAGGGUUCGAGAGGCUCAAGGACCUCACCUUGAUCCUGGUGGCAAGGGAGGACAAGAAGGUUGGCGUGUACCUCUUCGACAAGAAGAGGUUCGACGAGCUGGACAGGAAGGAUGCGGAGAGGGAGGAGCAAGACGAGGAGGAAGACGGAGAGGACGACGAUGACGAUGACGAUGACGACGUCGACGAGUCGGAGCGCACCCUCCAAUCCAUCGCCACUCUGGAGGGUCACUCAAGUCGCGUCAAGUCUUUGGCCAUGCAGCCCCUCUCUCUACAUCAAAAGGAUGACGAACCCUCUUCAGCGUGGGUGCUCACUGCCACGACCAUCUCUUCCGAUGGACAAGUACGCAUCUUCAACCUCGAUGCCAUCACCCAGCUAGUCAGAGACGACCCGUCUACGUUCGCAGAAAAGGAGCUAGCUCUUCAGCCGUGCGCAUCGUACGACACCAAAGGGGCGCGACUCACCACUCUCAGCGUCGUGGGCGGGGAUGGGGCCCUUCCGCAGGGUCAGGCCGACAAUGACGAGGAGGAGGAUAGCGAGGAUGAUAAGGACGCAGCAAGGGGUGGCGCCGCGUCUGAGAGCGAAUUCGAGUCUGAGUUCGAAGGCGACGCAGACGAUAACGACGAGGCUGAGCUGAAGCGCCUCGAGGAGGUGGUGAGAAAGGCACAAAAGGCCGGCAUUGAUUUGGAUGAGCUGGUCAGGAUGGCUGGGGAGAGUGGUGAGGAGGGCAGCGAUGGAGAUGAUGACAUGGACGGCGAGGUGAUCGGACUAGAGGGCGAGGAACAGGAUGGGGAUGACAGUGGUGAUGAGGGCGAGGUGGAAAGUGAUUGA